AUGACGCAUGCAAAGAACCGUGAAUCUCUCAUCCUGCCCCCGGUACAGUUUACUGUCUGCAUAUCCAACACUCUCACCUCGUCCAUGGAUCAGCGUGACCUCAACAUUCUCACUUACGGCAAUUCAUGGUCCGAUGCGGAUCGCCGAGAUUUUACGAGAUAUGUCCUCAACGAACUGAAGCCGGCCAGGUUGACAAUGACUUGGUCCAGUCGCCGAAGUUUCUCUCUAUUAUGUAAAGAAAAGGUCUUUCAGUUUCGCCGACACACUCUGAGGCUCGACAUGGAUAUGAUUUGCGCUGCGCGAGCCAUUUAUGGGCCGCAUAUGCGAGGCGAUAUACAGGAGGCUGCAUACGGUACUCUUUGGGUAUAUGUAUCGAAACAUAUUAUCGGCCGUAUGCCUAGGCCCGACCAAGGCGUCCUUGAGACAAUCGGCCAUCUGACACGGCUCUUUGAGGACGACUGGCCGCUAGUUCUGAGUAACUCAGGGCUCUACCCAAGCAACAUCUUUCUCCAAGGCCGGCGCGAGUUUAUCUGCACCAACUGGAGCCAAGUCGAAGUUUGCCCUUUUGGCGUGUCCGCGGCAUCCAUCGAUCGAUUCCUCGGUCGGUAUGACGAGAGCGGAGUAUGGAGGCUUGUGAAAGACUAUGCGAUCUGGAAGAGGACAUUUUUCCAAAAGUUGGAGGAAAAUAUGCCCUGGAGGUGGGACGAACGAAUACACAUGGCACUGCUGCUGGGUCAGUUUCUGGACCGGAAGCAUGCUUUCGGAGAGGUAUUCUACGGCGGCGACACGGAGUACGGAGAUAUUGAGCAUCGAUGCACUUUUCUCGAUCGAGUGAUGCUAGGUUUCGAUAUGGAGGAGGAGGACCUUUCAGGGGGGGAAUGGGAUAGCGCGCUGUAUAGCAGAAUUUUUUGA